AUGGAUACCAGUAAUGACACAAACCUUCAGCUGCCUGACUUUACUCAGUCUCCAAUGUAAUUAGUUUUAUUGGGCCCAAGGGGAGAUACACUUACACACACUGUAUAUCUUUAACUCCUGAUUUAGAACCCACUAUACCCAGAGCAUGUUUCAAUGUUUUAAUGUAUCAAAACUGUACUAAAAAAAUCUAUUCACACACAUACAUACACACACACUGUGUGUAUGUGUGUGUGUAAAAGUUUCCUCUAAAGAUUUUAAUCAGACACAUCCUGACUUACAACCACACAGAAAAAUUAGCCCAUGCAUUUGUCAUCUCUAGGUUGGAUUACUGUAAUUCCCUUUUAAAAGAUCCCCCAACAAGUCCUGAAAGAUUCUUCAGCUGGUCAAAAAGGUGCAGCCCAAGUACUGACCAGAACCAGGAGAAGAGAGCACAUCUCCUCUGUAUCAGCUUCUCUAUUCUGGCUUCAUUACAUUUGGGGCAGAAUUUAAAAUCCUUCUUCUGACCUACAAAGCUCUUCAUGGUCAUUUCUUAGAGAGCUCGUAGUUCAUUGUUUUAAAUGUUACACAGCUUAUGCUUAUUUAUCAGAAUCACGUUCACUAUAAUCUUUACUGUUGCAAAGCCAAUGUUUCAUAACAACAAAAAUUCCUACCAUGAUUGUCACUAUGACAAAGCUAAUGACAAUAUAUAAGAACAUAUUAGACCUGAUUAUAUUGACUAUACAUCAGCAUUACCACCCUAUUACCAAUUUUAACUUCAUCAGUACAAAUGUUUUCACUGCUAUGCUUUUACACGCCUUACUAGGGGCUAGGUGGGUAACAAAGUUUUAAAAUACUAGUUUGUUUCUCCCCAGUUCCCAAACCACAUCCUCCAGUGAGUCCAACUCAAAUCCAACCACAGAGCCAGCCUAUUUCACCAGUUUGUUCAGAUGUCUUACAUCUUUGUGUUUUAUACUGCCUCCCCAGCAGACUGCAGUGUAGAACAGAACACUGUAAACACCACAGACUGAUAGAACUUCUGUGGUAUUUUACUACAGAUGUCUAUUGAUUGUAGUCUUCCAUUUAUAAUUCUUGUAUAAUGUAUAUUCUAUGUGUAAUGGUCCAAUGAGAAUAUUACUUUAGAGACCUAGAUAGUGAAGUGAAUUGUUUGUGACUGCUCAAGUUGAUAUGACCUAUGUUGAGAAAUCCACAUUUAAACAAAAACAAAAGGGAGGACCCACGUGAAGAACUGAAAAGGUUUAUUUAACAAAAGACUCAACUUGAAAUAAAAAACAACUUACUUUGAAAGUUCAACAAAAACCUGCAAAAUCAAAAUCAACAGAAGCAGGGAAAUGCACUGGAGCACUGGGAAUUAACAAGACAUUGACAGAUAAGGAGAGCAUGGACAAUGAAACAAUAAAAAAAGAGGGGAAGACAGGGAGUAUAUACCAUAGACUGUAUAAAGAAUGGACAGCGUCUGCCUCCUUGCUGGGUGAAGCCACUUUGAGAACAGCACCCUCUGUUGAUGGGCUGCAGUAUAGGUCAUAAAUCCUUAUGGAGCUGUGGACGAACUUUAGAAAUUUAUUUCACAGAACAUACAUUUUUCUCCCCCCCUGCUUGUGAUGUUGACAUGUAGUUAUUGUAAGACUGGUUUGUGCUCAAGUCCUCUUUUUUCUGUGAAGCUUAGUUUUUAAAAGUUAUUAGGGGGUUCAUGUUUUCUAUAAUUGACACCUGAUACAGCCUAUUGGCGUUCAGGGAUUGCGUAGCUCUCCCAGGGGAUACGCUGUUUGAGCCAAGCCUCAUCACAGCGACUCUUGGCGACUGCACGCCCGAAUGCGCGCAUUGCUAUUGCGCAGUGCUGGUUUCAGGAAAUGAAGAAAAAUCCCGGAAAUACUGAGAGCUAUUUGGCUUCAAAUCCGUAUAACAGGCAGUAGGCGGAACCAAGUUUACCAUAGUAUAUACAGUCUAUGGUAUAUACACACUGGGAAAUAAGCAACAUGUGAGGUGAGACUCGAGUAAUCAACAAAGGAGGGGAACUAAGGAAGUAAAAGUAGACUUGAUACACAAGACUGACUACUACAAAAUAGAACAGGAAACUCUGAAAACUGAACUAAAACUAAACAGUGAACAACAAGAACAACAGAAACAUAAUAGUUAACACAGGGGAACAGGAACAACGGGAAAAUACACAGAAAAUAAAAGUAAAUCACAAAACAAGGAACAAACUAAACCAACAAGACAUUAUCAUGACAACAUGUGUCAUUUGCCACCAUGAAGCUUCUGUUCACCAUGGUGGGAAUUUAAUGCACUAUGGUGGGGAUUUUCAAGCAGUCUACAUAUCCUUAGAAACUCUGCAUAAACCUAAUCUUACUAAUCUAUUACAUUAUUAGAAAGAUAAUGUCAUAGAUUCUUGUUCAUAUUUAACAAACUGAGUAAAAGACACUUGUAAAUGAGAUGAGACCUUAAACUGAAUGUACCCAUCCAGUGAUUUGUUUUAUAAACUAACAAUUAUAUGUGUUGUAAAGCUAUUGUACCAAACCACAGUUUGCCUUUUUUUUUUUUCUCAAAGUAUACACUGAGGAUUUCUGAUAAGAGUUAUAUGGCUUCUUAAGGGCUUAGUGUGAGUAUAAAAAUAAACAAUUUGGGUGAAUAUUGUUGUAAUCUAAAAAAAAAAGUGCAUAAAUUAAAGUAAACACAAAAGCUUCUUCUUAUUGUUGUUCAGUAAUACAGUUUAGAAGAAAAGUCCAAGCCCCUGAAGUUGCUAAUCGUAUUUUCAUUUUCAGUAUUACUUCAAUUAUCUGCACAUGUUUAUUUAUUUAUUCAGUAAAUUAAUCUAUUACUGCCUUGGGUAUGUACUAAUGCCUUUUUAUUUUAAUUUGAAAGAUGUCAUACUGAGCCCCAGUCUUUACCUCUCUCCACUCUCUGCCUGCAUGCCACAACCUUUCAUUUUGAAUUUUCAUAGUCAGAUUUUACAUAAACUACAGAUCUUUCGGUGAGCCCAUGAGCUCUUCUGUCUUUGGAUCCAUGCUGUAGACAACCUGCUAGUGUGGACCUGCCAGACUGCAGCUGCUACAGCUGUUAUUAUCACCAUCAUCACCAUUGUUAUUUAGCUCAUAUUCAAUUUGAAAUAGUUCAAGUCAAACUCAAUUAAUCGAUUAUUUCAUUUCAAUCCUGUCCUUUUUAUUUACAUCAUUAUUAUACAGUCACUGCUGAUAUGAGACCUGUUGACUUUAACUAAUAAAAAAAUGAGCCUGUUAUAAUUAAUUUGCAGUUCCUGUAUAUAGCACACAUACUUUUAGCACAUAACCCUCAAUCAACAUCAGCUUUUUUGCUGUUGUUUCUCUUAAUCUAUCUCUCCCUUUCUACAUUUUACUCUAUGCCCUUUCCAAUCCCCAAACUGUCUCAGCAUACAGGGCUCUUCUGCAUUUGUCUGGUUAUGCCCCAGGAAAUUUCCUCUCUCCUUUAACUUGCCAAAUGCUACUAAGUGCCCAGCUCAUGGUGGAUGAAAAUGAGAUUAGACUCAGCCUUGCUGUAGGUUGAAAGGAAGAUGGCAGAUGUUGGAUCUUUAUAAAUAAUAUGAGUAAGAUUCUCUGUUUGUGUCCUGGGAUGAUAUUUGUUGUAAAUUGGCGCUGUGUGACAUGAAAUUAAUAAUUGAGAUGCAAAAAUAUGACAUGUCCCUUUAAAUUAACACCAGUGUCAGUUCUUCCGUUGGUCCCGCCCCUGGUCCAUUAUUAGCCUAUCGGUGCGCAGUGCACGUGACGAGCGUUCUUUGCGAUGACCUCAUCCCUGGUGUGGGAUGACGUCAAAUUCAAGAUGGAUGGAAUCACGACCAGCGCGCAGAAUUCUACACAACAGUGAAAAAGUCCCGGCUGUGUGAAGGAGAGAACAAACAGACGACGGGCAGGGUAAGUGUAGACAUAACACUAAAGUUAUCGAUCAAAAUAACAAUCAGGAAGGGUUAGGGAGAGCAUGCAGAGUGCUGUUGAGGAGAAGCUUUUCCUUUUCCUCGCUGACGUAACUCGAAGAGGGGGAUUGUGCUGCUGUAAAACCUGACCUGCUACAACCUGUUUUGCGGCCAGAAACCAUGCCAUGCCAGGCUGGGUUAAUCGGUUUUAUAAAGAAAAUGAUUAAACAACCCCAAAGACCACAUUAUUCGGGGCUAACGGUGGGGUAAUUGAGUCCUCCACGCUCCAGCAGCCUGCCUGUUUAUAUCGACAGUGUUUUUACUCCGGGAUUACCGCGGCGGAGCCCAUUGAAAGGUCCGCAACUUUCCUCAGUUAACGGUUGAGGGGUACGGGUCGGCUUUAGGGACACGAAGAAAGAAUCUGGUGACUGAUGUCCUGAGUCAAAGCAUCGUCUCCUCACCAGAAGUUGUCUGUCAUGGGAAAAGCCACGUCUUACGGAUGAUCUAGCGUCGAAAGCCUCAGUCGACUUCCUCAUUGAAAACAGACUCGACUCAAUAUCCCUUACUGUUCUGGGAAUGACAUUCAUGAGUUUUGUCGAGGGGGCAACAACACGCUCUUUAGUUUAGUAGAAAUGAAUGAAGCUUCUGCACAAUGACCCACACUUACUAAGUAACAAGUGUUCAACACAUCCACAUCUUAGCAUGUUUCCGGUCAUAACUUUCAAAAUAAACGCCCGGGGCGCCGUGUUUACAUCAGUGGAUCUUCAUCACACACACACACACACACACACACACACACACACUCUCGCGCGCGCGCGCACAAUAAGUGAAAACAAAAAGACCAAAACCGUUUUUUUUCAAACAGAAAGUUACUCCGUUUUUUCAACAGGAAGUUUGUACAAUAUGAUCAAAUGGUCUCAUUUAACAAAACAGGGCAAGCUGGCGUUAAAAAUCUUUUACCAAAUAUUAUUUUUAAUAUCUUUUGAUGAAGUUGUUGGUGAAGUGAAAUAAAAAACGAGCAUGUUUGUGUGCAGCACCCACAUGAAUAAUGAGCACUGAUACAUCAAUUCAAUAGUUGACCCCAGUCAAUAUACUUCCAUUUUUCUUAUUUCUAUAUUUAGAGCGGGCUGUGACCAAAACAAUGGCAGCCACUGUCUGGCAUAAAUCUUCUCAGAUUAUUUUUGUUUUCGAGGUACUGGAUUCAACGGUCUCUGAAAUUUUGCUGAUCCUCUAUAGGGAUAUGGGAUAGAAAAGUCUUUGGAUGUAGCAAAAACACACAGCAUUCCAGGUCCCAAAGCUGCUUCUGCUCAAGUCUGUGGAUUUUACAGGAAGUUUGUACAUUGUAGUGUGUAUGUUUUGGGUUGAUGAUAAAAACACAACAAUGCUGUGUCAUGUAACAGCGUCUACCCUCAAGGGUAUGACUGCUAAACCACCAAUAUAAGAUGGUCACAUAUUUAAGAAAAACAGUCUCAUAUCUGAGUCAGUAUAGUAUUUAGUGCCAAUCCAAAACAAAAUGUCAUCUCAUAAGAUCUUGUUGCAAAAGGAGCAGGGGGUAUUACAUGAAAAGCCUGUCUCAUUUCAAUAGGUCUGCUUGAUUUAAGUGAGAGUUCUGUUGCAUCAGUGUGGCUCGUUUGAGUCCCUGCUCAGUAACUAUGGUAACUAUACCACUGAACAGGUCUGCUCUGGGGCAGGUUAACUGUGUGUCAGAAGAUGUCUGACAAGCAGAAGCAGACUCUCCAGUGACGGCAGCACUCUCACAUCACCCGAGUAAUGAAAUAGAUUCAAAGAAAGGGGAAAAAAUAUGUCAACAUUUACAUUGUUUCUUAGAAUCAAUCAACAACUCAAAUCCUACUUCUAGAGCACAAAUCAAAGGAAACCCCUGAGUGCUUCUCAUGACAUGAACACAUGACAUAAUGAUAAUAUAUAUGAUGUCAUAAAAAUCCCAUUACAAUUACCAUGAUCCUUAUACUCUUAUCAAUCAUUGGCUGUUUAAACAUUCUGUUGUUUUGGAUUACAGACACUCAGUCAUUUCAGUUCACCUCCACUGUUGAGCUUUAAGUCCCCCCCCCCCCCCCAAAAUUUAUGUUUUACAUGCACAUGCCCAUGAAUAGAUGAUGAACACUUUAUAAGGAGGUGUGGACAUGUGCUUCCUGUGGACCAAUGACAGAAAGAAGGGAGAGAAGGAGAAAGGAAAAAAAAACUUUCAGAUGAGGAAAACAGUUAUUUUGGGUUAAGUGGAAUUAAUAAAGAGAGAUUUUAUUUUUUUCUCUGAGUGGUGGAGUGACUCUCUCCCUUAGAUCACUGUUGGAGCUCUAACAGUCUGAACUGUAUAUGGUGUCAUAACGGCAGUUCCUGCUGUGUGUGGAGGGUCAGAGGAGUCAAAAGCCUCGGCCUCAGUAGGUAGCUCAUCUCCUGUGGAUAGAUUAGAGCUCUAUAGUUAAAUCGCAUGGAAAUUUGCACAGUGUGUUAUGAGCUAAAGGUGAAAAGGAUAUCCCGGUGUAAAAUUAAUUUAGGGUCAAUCACACCAUAACACUGAGUUAGACACUCCCUCGAGAGAGGAAUGUUGCCAACUGCUUGAUUCUCUAGUUAUGCAAACUUAAGUAAUGACCGGAUGAUUGCAAUACACAGCAGUCUGAGGAGCCAUAAACAAACCUCAGACAAGAUGCCACUCUAUAGUCACAAACAAUUCUCAGAACACCACCUAACUUCAUCAACAGCAUAGGGUCCCAGCCUAGCCACUAAACAUCUUUUUAACUCUGCCUAAUUUCUUAAGCAAAGAGACUAAACACAACUCACCUACUCUCUUCCAGCAGCCGCUUGUUUGUAGUGAGACCUCAGACCAGUCCACCUUUGACCGCAGUGGGGUGAUGCAGCUCAAGGAAGAAUAUUUAUGAUAAUUUCUUCAUGGAAAUACAAUCAGACCAAGAUACUAAGGCAGAAGAACUACUGCGUCUGCAGUGCAAAAUGAUAAAUAUGAUGAUUAUUACUUCAAGGAAAUGAUAAAGAAAUCAUCAUAAAUGUUCUUCCUUGAGCUGCAUCACCCCACUGUAGUUCGUAAUGGACUGGCCUGAGUUCUCGCUACAAACAAACGUUUGCUGGAAGAGAGUAUGUGAGUUGUGUUUGGUCUCUUUGCUAAAGAAAUAAGGCAAAGUUAAAAAGAUGUUUGGUGGCUAGUACUAUGGCUAGGACCCCAUAUAUGGUUGAUAAUAUUAGGUGCUGUUCUGAGCAUUAUUUGUGGCUAUAGAGUGACAUCUUGUUUGAGGUUUGUUUAUGGCUCCUCAGCCAGCUGUGUAUUGCUAUCCUGUGGUCGUUACUAAAGUUGGUAUAACUAGAGAAGCAAGUGGUCUGCAACAUUCAUCUCCAGUGGGGGUGUGUAACUCGGUGGUAGGGUGUGUUUGACCCUUAAUUAAAGGACUAUCCCUUUAAAAGCUUCUCAGAGCUUUUAGUCACAUGUGGACGUGGUGAUCCGUUAAAGAUGGGUGUUUCUUCAUGAAAAAAGUGCAUUUUAUCUCAGCCAUGCAUGCUCCAAUCUUAGUCAAAUGUACCACACAUCCAGGCCUGAACACAUUCCUAUGGUAAUGUUUCAUCCUGGUUGUUACGCCCCCCAGUGGCACAGAGAGAUGUCAUGCUAAACUCUAAAAGUUGUAACUCCAAGGUCUUGAAAUAAAUCAGCGUGAUAUUUCCCCAGGAUAACCUUGAGAUUAGGGAUGGGAAUCAAACCGGUUCUCUUCACAAUUGGAUCCCAAUAACUUGAGACAUCAACGAUAUUUGCCUGUCUGCUCAACGGUUUCCAUAUCAAUGCCAAAGUUGCAUGAUUUUGUAAAACAAUGUCACACCUUGAGAGAAGCUUUUAGUGCUUACACAGAGAAGUGGAGGAGGUCAUCAUGGCGGGAAAGUGUAGACAUUAUAAUAAUACAGAUAUGUGCGAUUUCAACUCUGGGUGAAAAUACCUGCAAUGUGCUUAAACAUUUGUCGACGCAGCAUGGCAUUAAAUAUCAAGUGUGUUUGAAGCUGUGUGCCAACAGAGUGUUUCUCAGCAUAGCAGGGACAGUAGUUAUGUUUGUCCCAUGUUAACAAAAGCACAGAGCAACACCAGCUGCAGCAGAUGGUGUUGCAGCAGUAUCAGACCAGCCAGUCCCUCAGCGAAAAAGUGAGCUAGGUCCAGUUGUCCAGAUGCCUACCUCUAAUCUCAGGCCUGAACUACACGUAUGUAGAUAUUUAUUUAUCAGGAUAUUUUUGUACUCCCGUCUAAAUAAAUGUAUCUGUCCACAUGUCUUAGUUCUCAGAAAUAUCUGCGUCCACAUGUAGCCGUCAAACUCAAUCCUAUCUGGUGCCGCUUAAAAAAAUUCAGGAACAAAGCUAUCUGAUUGGCGGAUGAAUUGUAACAGCACGAUGCGUCAUGCAUUGUUUGCGGAAGCUACGCUAGUGCGUCGGGUCCAUGUGACGGACCAUGUGACCAAUAAAAGUAUUGGGCGCAGCAGACGCUUCUGUGAGCGGGCUGACUAAUGGAUGUAAUUGUAUAAAACAAGGUUCACUUGCAAGGCUGAAAGUAGCCCCAAAAGGGCAAAACAAACGUAAAAAAUACCCUGUCUGUCCGCCAUCGCUGUUGUUGUUGUUUUUCUUUUUAAUUCGCAUGCGCGAGCUGCGGUUUGACGUCAUCGAUCCGUAAAAGUCCAACCACACGAAUCCACUACGGAUACGGGAUACGGAUAUUUUUUUAUUUCUCCACUUGUUUUUUCGGAUUCAGAUUUAUCCGGUUUGGGUGCUCCAAACUCCCGUUUUGGUGUGGUAGGGAGGCCUAAUCGGACAUUGAUAUGUGCGGUUUGAAAUACAUCCGCAUUCAUGUAGUUCGGGCCUCAGUAUCCACUCACCCUGCAUUCUGGUGGCUGGAGAAAAGGGACACACUGCCCCUGCUAUCAGCUCUUUCACAAACAUAUUUUUGUCUUCAAGCAUCCUGCCAUCCAUUUGAGAGGGUGUUCUUCAGCUGGAGGCACAAUAAGCCCAGAGAGAACCAGGAUCCUCCCAAAGAGCUGCUUAUUUUGUACUAAUGAAAGAUUUAAUGUAAAUCUACAAAGCCGUUUUUUUCAAAUUUGUACAGUGUGUGCAGAGAUUUGAAAUACAAAUUGUGUUAACACAGAAAAAUCUGAAUAGGUCUUCUUUAUUUUUCAACCCAGGAAUCAAAGAAGAAUCAGAUCAAUACGCAAAAUAUAAUGGCAUUGAUAUCAUUAAAAUCUUUUUAGUUCCAAUCCUUACCUGAGAUGUUGGUCUACAUGUGUGCCAAAAACUGAGUUUUUGCCAGAGGGCGUGGAUGGCACAGUGUGGCGUAUUUGAUCUUGAUUAAACUCACGUCAUGAAAUCUUAAAGUCCCGCUCCCACUUGCUCAUGGUUUUAUAAAAUCACGAUAGCAGGAAUACACUCUGUGGCUGCUUCAUAGCUCCACAUUUUCCCAACCCAGUCAUGCUUCACUCUCCAAUGUGCAUGAAGGUGUGAGGGCCUGUUCAGCCCCCACCAAAAAAACAAAAAACCCCAAAAAACUAUUAAAUCAAAUUGUGAGGUGCCUAAAAUGGCACACCCCAAAUUACGCAAUUAGCCACGUCCACAUUUUUCUAAAAUUCCUCCCUUAGCUUAGAAAUACGGCUUCCCUAGCUUUUCCAAAGGCUUACAUUUGACAGACCCAGACACGCAUCAUGCGCCAAGGUGUGUGAAGGUAAAAAGUAGAUGGUUACAGAAGUUUACAGAAUGUGUACUGGUGCUGAAAUGAUAAGGCUGAUAGACACAGGUAUACUGUACAAGGACAGGGGACAGGUUGUGGAGCUGCAGCAUUCUGGAUGUGAUUGUAAGAAUUAAGUGUUUAUCUGCAUUAAAGAGCAGCUAUAAAUGGAUCAGCAUCUUUCUUCCUUUUUUUUUUUAUUAACAUCCAAUGUUCGUUUAUAUUCCUAAUUAUGAUUAAUUCUUUUUUUCUUUCAGCCAUGGAGAGCCUUGUGCAUUACAGCAACCCCUCCCAUGCCCUCUCAGUGUUGGGGGUCCUCAAUGAGCAGCGCCUGCGUGGUCAGAUGUGUGAUGUAGUCCUGGUUGUGGGUGAACAGAAGUACCAGGCUCAAAAAAGUGUCCUGGCUGCCAGCAGUGAGUAUUUCCAGUCCUUGUUUGCCCGGAGGGAUUCUGAGACCCUGAAAGUUGUAAACCUGGACUUCUGUGAGCCAGACGCCUUUGAGAUUGUUCUGAAUUACAUUUACUCCUCUUCACUGUUUGUGGACAAAAGCAGUCUUGCAGCCAUUCAGGAGCUGGGCUACAGUCUUGGAAUCCCUUUCCUCACCAACAUUGUGUCAACAAGGCCACAUGCAUCCUACUGUGUGUCCAGAAAAAGGCUUUCGUUCUCAGAGGGGGAAGAGAAUGAUGUACAGACAAGAAGCGUUAUUGUGUGUCGGGUCCGGAAUGACACAGCCCAUCCCCCAUCCUCAAAUUAUCAUAGAAAGACAUCAGAGAGAGCCUCGCCUCCCCACUGUACUCGAGAAUCAACGCAGUCUCCUUCAGAGUCUCCCAUCUCCUAUGAAUCAGCUGGAAACCCCGAAUCCAUCAGCAGGAAAUCAUCAGAACACAGUGAGGCGGCUGACAGGAAGUCCACUUACCCUUAUGCCUCCAUUUUAAAAGGAAAUUCAUCACACAUUAUAUCUGUCCGGCCCCAGCUGACUUCCUCUGUGUCUUUCAGUGAUGCAGAAGUGCAGCACAUCAGGCCGCAGUCUGGCAUUGACCAGAACACCAAAGAGGAAGAAGAGGAGCAAGAGCACCACUAUCACACCAAAGGGUCCUUUCAAAGUCGAGCCAGUGAGCCAUGCCCGGCCAUUGACCGAAGUGGACCGCUCAUAA